AUGGAUCAAGUCAAUAAACUCGAAGUAUUACAGUGUAACUUAGAUAAGUCAAAGAACAGUCAACAUGAAUUUAUUCUCUCUUUUAUGGCCGGCCAAUUCCAGAUAGCUUUGGUGUCAGAACCCUAUGUUGGAUCUGGCAACAUUGUUAAAUCCAUCCCUGGUAUCAACAUAUUCCAGUUUUCCAAUGGUAACAGGGUUAAGGCGUGCAUAAUGACAAAAUCUAGUUGUGGUUCCGUACUGGGUCUAUCCCAAUUUUCGUCAGCGAAUCUUAGCGCGGUUCAAUUAAAUAUUGGGGGCUGUAAACUAUACAUAGCAUCUGUUUAUAUCGAACCUAAUAGUGACGAUCACAAUACAUUGCAACGGUUAGACAACUUUUUGAAAAUGACCAGUAACUGCCAUCAGCUUGUUGGAGGCGAUUUUAACGGUUGGCACCCUAUCUGGGGUAGCGACCGGGCAAACUCGCGGGGAAAUGAAGUUGUUGACAUCGUUUAUGGCAAUGACAUGUUUUUGUGUAAUAGAGGUCAUACUCCUACUUUCGAGACAGUAUCUUAUGGGCGUGUGCGCAGCUCUUAUAUUGAUCUUACACUUGCUUCUAGCUCUAUAUAUGACCGGAUUACAAACUGGAAAGUGGAUCCUUCAAUCUGUUUGUCUUCUGAACACAGGGCGGUGAUGUUCUCUGUCACUACUCAUGGUGAAAGGAGAAAAACCAACAAAACAACCAGUACGUUCAGAUACAAUACGAAUAAUAUAAAAUGGGAAGAACUAAGGCCUUCCUUUGAAGCCAAAAUUAAGGAACAUGUACCACAAAAUGUUAUGGUUGAACAGAUGCAGCCAAAUGAACUUGAAAAUUACAUAAUCUCAGUUACAUCGGCAAUUCAAAAAACAUGUGAUGAGCUACUCCCAAGGUCAACUGGUCGAAAAUACCGUUGCCCUUGGUGGACAGAUGAACUUGAAUGUCUCAAAAAACAAGUUAUACGUAACCAUCAUAACAUACAAAAACUGCGCCGACAAAAUAAACCACUUGAAGAUGCCCUAUUGGAAAAAGAACGCUUAAAAACUGCUUACUCAAAAACCUUCCGUGAAACUUCCACGCGAAACUUCAGAGACUUUUGUGAAAGGCAAGGGAAGGAGGAUGUAUGGUCCGUUACAAACAGAAUUAUUAAAUCAAGCCCACCUGCGCUACCACCAGCAACACUAAAGAAAAGCGAUGGUUCAUACACCACCACCAGUCUGGAUACUGCCCAAGCUCUUCUUGAUAAAUUUUUCCCCGAUGAUGACCUAAAUGAUACAACAAUUCAAGAAAAUGCCCGAAAUCUAGCAAUUAUCUCACCAAAUACUCCAGAUGAACCCCCUUUUACCUACGAAGAAAUUCUCAGUAGCUUAAAUAGUAUGAAUCCGAAAAAAGCACCCGGCAUGGACCAUCUUACUUCUGAUAUUUGCUUAUUAUUUGUCAAAAGCUUCCCAGAUCUCACCACUUCAGUAAUUAACCGUUGUUUCAAACUCGGAUAUUUUCCAGAAAUUUGGAAGAAAGCUUUCAUUAAAAUUCUCCCUAAGCCUCACAAGGAUGACUACCUAAAUAUCUCUUCCUUCCGACCCAUAGGUCUGAUUAAUGUUUUUGGAAAACUGUUUGAAAAACUUGUUAUACGAAGAUUAACAUACUUCAUGCACCAGAACGAUCUUUUUAAUUCAGCACAGUUCGGUUUUAAAGAACAAACCUCUACCGUCAAUGCAUUAACCAAUAUAAUAGACACAAUCAACGAUGCCAUAGCCAAUAAAGAACAGGUACUCGCAGUUUCAUUAGAUAUCCAAGCGGCCUUUGAUUGCGCCUGGUGGCCGGCAAUAUACCGCCGACUACAUAAAAUUAAAUGCCCCCGUAAUAUUUAUUCUAUCCUGCGUAGCUACUUUCAAAAUCGAUCUGCAACUAUCCAUUUUGGAGACAGCACGGUUAGUAAAACUCUGACGAGAGGUUGCGUCCAGGGUUCGGUCUGUGGCCCCUUUCUUUGGAAUUUAAUUGUGGAUGAACUUCUUGACAUAGACAUGCCACCUGGAUAUACAUAUACAUGA